ACAAACAUGUUUUGGCAGUUUUAGUCUCGAAUUAAAUUUAUUCCAGGAAAUGUGAAUACUUGAUUCGAAAGAGAAAUUGCUGCAUUUUUAUUACUUAAAAAAACAACAAGGGCACAAAAAAGUGCAUUUCAAGUCAGAAAUACCUCGAAAAAAAGCCUCGAACUUAGAGCAUAAAAAUUUGCACAAAAUAAUUUAAUAUAAAAUACUCGUAAAAAAAGGCAAAGAAAUCGAUACCUGCGACGCGACGCAAGUAGAAAAUUCCCGUGUAGUGAAAAGUGAAGUAAAAUACGUGCUAAAAUUGCGUAUUAAUUUGAAGCACGAAACAAAAGUCGUUUACACAAAAAACUAAUAAAAAAAAAUCUAUAAAAACCUAUAAUGGAUGUGAAUAAUGGCUAUGGCGGACCGGCUUCUAAAUUCGCAUUCGAUCAUAACUACGCCUUUGAUAGCAAUGAAGGAGAUGCUCUUGUAAUGGCCAGUUCCAAAGACAGCGAAUCCCCUGCAAUGUCGGUAGCGGGAUCAACAAAUCAACUUCCAAUGUCGCCAGACCAUCACGGGGAACAUGACUUGCCGAAUGAGAUCUCGGCUCCGUAUGAAGUGCCACAAUUUCCUAUCGAGCAAAUCGAGAAGAAGCUCAUUAUGCAACGACAAUUGACAGCCAAAGUUAUGGAGGAUCGUCAUUCAGUGGCAGCGGAAAUUCAUCCAGACGAGACAUUUCCCUUUGACGAGCACGAUUUUGUGCCGCAUUUUCAACGUGUUUCGAUCUCGGGCGAAGAUACAAGUGGCGUCCCAUUGGAGGAUUUGGAAAAAGCUUCGACUUUGAUACAAGAGGCCCUGAAAUUGCGUGAACGUUAUAUGGAGCAAUCGUAUCAAGGAUUUCCGCAAACGACAGCGAGAUUCUUGAAAACUGUUCACGAAAGCGGCUAUAACGUUAAUGACUUCGAACAUGGUGACUUGACAUCCACGGAAGUUGGUGGAGUGAAAAGACAUCAGCAUGAAAAGAAAGAGCACUCGGUUCACUAUCCCUCGAACAAGGCAAAUCCAUGGGAAGUUGCGUUCCCGCCGGAUCUCAACUACACUUUCAAGGCAAACAAGGGCGUUUUUCAAGUGUACAGCGAUAAGGAUUCGAAGACGCCGCUUAAUUAUCAGUACACGGAGUUGCAGCAAUUCAUUCAGGACAUGCAAAAUAUGUGCGCGAUGAUUGCCGAUGGGCCUCUCAAGUCGUUCUGUUAUCGUCGCCUGAGUUAUUUGUACUCGAAAUUCCAGUUGCACGUCUUGCUGAACGAAUUGCGUGAGUUGGCGUCCCAAAAAGCGGUGCCGCAUCGCGAUUUUUACAACAUCCGUAAAGUUGAUACGCACAUUCAUGCCGCCUCGUGCAUGAAUCAGAAGCAUUUGUUGCGAUUUAUUAAGAAAACGCUCAAAACGUACGCCGACGAAGUUGUCACCGUGUCAAAGGGGCAAGAAAUGACGCUUGCCGAAGUCUUUCAGAGCAUGAAUUUGACGCCGUAUGACUUGACAGUCGAUAUGCUCGAUGUGCAUGCGGAUCGCAACACUUUCCAUCGCUUCGACAAAUUCAACGCGAAAUACAAUCCGAUCGGGGAAUCGCGUCUGCGUGAAGUCUUCCUCAAAACGGACAACUAUUUGAACGGCAAAUACUUUGCGGAGAUCAUCAAAGAGGUUGCCAGCGACUUGGAAGAGUCCAAAUACCAAAAUGCCGAGUUGCGACUUUCGAUUUACGGCAAAUCGCGCGACGAAUGGAACAAAUUGGCGAAUUGGGCGAUUGCCAAUGAUGUUUAUUCGGACAAUGUUCGCUGGCUUAUUCAAAUUCCGCGGUUAUAUGAUAUCUUCAAAUUGAACAAGUUAAUGACGUCAUUCCAACAAAUAAUUGAUAAUAUUUUCUUACCGCUGUUUGAAGUCACGAGUAAUCCGUCGUCUAAUCCAGAUUUGCAUAAAUUUUUACAGUACGUGAUUGGCUUCGAUUCCGUUGAUGACGAGUCCAAACCAGAAAAUCCAUUGAUCGAUAAUGAUGUUCAUACGCCGGAAAAUUGGACAGAAGAGGAUAAUCCGCCAUAUGCGUACUAUAUUUAUUACAUGUACGCCAACAUGACGGUCCUUAAUCACUUCAGGAAAGAACGCGGCUUAAACACCUUCGUAUUGCGUCCCCAUUGCGGCGAAGCAGGUCCCGUUCAGCAUCUUGUCUGCGGCUAUUUAAUGGCAGAAAACAUCUCUCACGGCUUGCUGUUGCGCAAAGUGCCCGUCUUACAAUAUCUGUAUUAUUUAGCUCAAAUUGGCAUCGCCAUGUCUCCUCUUUCGAACAACUCGUUGUUCCUCAACUAUCACCGAAACCCGCUUCCGGAGUAUUUGGCACGUGGUUUGUGCGUUUCUCUCAGUACGGAUGACCCGUUGCAAUUUCAUUUCACAAAAGAACCUUUGAUGGAAGAAUAUUCGAUUGCGGCUCAAGUAUGGAAAUUAAGUUCAUGCGACAUGUCGGAGCUUGCAAGAAAUAGCGUGACAAUGAGUGGAUUUCCACACAAGAUGAAACAACAUUGGCUGGGUCCAAAUUACACUCGUGAGGGUGUCGCUGGAAACGACAUUACUCGUACAAAUGUGCCAGAUAUCCGCGUCGCCUUUCGCUAUGAAACUUUAUUGGAUGAAUUAUCGAACAUUUUCCGCGUAAAUGAAGCACCUUAUGGCGUCUAAGUCUUUUGUCAUCGUUAAAAAAUUAAGCUAAAAGUUAAAAUUUGUGUUUAUUGGACCAAAAAAAAAUGUUAAAAAAUUUCCGGGAUGAAUUUCGAUUGAAUUACGGGAAAAUAGAGAAAAUUUUAUGUACUUUCUUAGAAAAUAGCAAAAUGUGUUGAUGAAUUUAUUUAUUCAAGUUGUCU